AUGUCUGAAAAGAAGGAUCGUGAUAAGAAGAGUUGCUCUGCUCUGAAAGUUCCAGAUUUCAAGAAUGCUUUGAAGCAGUUCCAGAAACUAGAUGAAAAAACGGUAACCCAGAAGACAAAGGAGAGAUUAGGCUUGUAUACUGAAGAUGAUGAUGAGAUAGACUAUGAUAAGUUCUAUACAACAACACAACUUUUUGGUCCAGAAGUCAAGGAUCAUAAUAUUAAGGCCUUUUUCAGGAAAAUUAGCAACAACCUUGAUGCAAGGACAGAAUGGUGUGAGAUUUUAGGCUAUUUCAUAGGAGAAAGUGAUGCCACGUCUUCCGAGAUGAAAGAAGAAAACAUGGUUUUCCUUGUAUCUGAAAAACAGCAGAUUACUCAUGCAGUUGUCAAGAGACAACAUGUGAUUAAGGGUAUAGUGAAGGUGCCCCAUCUGGAUUUCACAGUAACGUCCUCUCAGAAAGGAGAUACUGCUUGGAUCACUGGAUGUGAUUUCCUACCUCAGCUGAAAUGUGUCGUGGCUGUAACUGAAAGGACAGACAUCAUCUGGGACUAUAAAUCAAAAGGGAGUCAGAAUAAUUUCUUUAUCAUCAAACCAAUGGAAAAUGGUCUGCUCUGUGUUUGCAUGGUAACUAUGUCAGAUCACCUGGCUAAGGAUAAUAUUGUAAUGGGAAAUGAUAAGUGUUAUGUUCACCUGCUUGCUGUGACCAGUGAUCACUUUGGAUUGAAACAAUGUAAAACAAAAAAAGAAUCACAACUUCAGGUCUUGGACUCCAAAACUUUUAACAUCGUUAAACGUAAGCUACAUGAUGACUGGGUUGUGAAAGUUAAGUAUAUUUCUGACCUAAACUGUUUCGGAUCCUGCUCCUUAGACAGCAUACAUUCAUUUGUUUUGGAUGACAUAAAGCGACUAGAGGACAACUUACCUGUAAAGGAAUUUUCUGUCCCUAGAGGGGUCAAUGCCUUCACAUACUGUGGAAAAGCGAAAGUCCUUGUCACUGGAGGUCUUGACAAACUGCUUCGUUUGUGGCAUCCCACUAUUAAUAGUAGGCCUACAGGGAAGCUAUCAGGACACCGACAUACUGUUGUGAAAAUCGUGACAAAUGAAAAAGAUCAACGUGUCAUCAGCCUUUCCUCUGCAAAGAAGAGCACCCCAGAACAGAGGGAACUGAUCCAGACUGUGGUCCUGGAGAGGAUAACAGAGUAGUUUGAUAAAGCUGUUGCAGCUGAUAUAGGAAGGAGACACAGUAUCCUUAGUGUGUGUGAUAUAGAGGCCCUUUCACUGCUGCGGGUCUUCCAUGAUAAUCAAGGGAGUCCUGGAGAGAUGGAGACCUUUGCCAUGGUAUUUGACAAUGAUCAUGGCACACUUAUCACCAAUAUGGUACUGCAGUUGAUGCGUUCAGCUGUCAUUGAUAUUUAUCCCCUAAGCCGUAUGAUAUAAGAUGUGAGACACGUGCCACAGACAUAUGAGAAAAAGCAUCAAUGUUCUGGUUUACAACAGAUUCUCACUAUCUGCUCUGAGUCGAUACUGAAGGGCUACGGUUUCCAUGACAACGGUACAUACUUGCAAGUCUCCGCAUUCCUGCACACGCUUCACGCUUCACGACUACCGAAAAUUAGUUGCCUGCCCUCUACUACUGCUACGGUGAGGAGUGAUAUCAGUGUCACUCCAGAGCAGAAGAGCAGCUCUUUGAACCUUCAUAAAGAAAAUGUAAAAAGUGAUGAAAUCAAUACUCAAGUAACAACAGAAGACACAACUAGGUAUAAGAAAUCCAAUAUUUCAAGCAACUCACCAAUACUGGCUUCUGCUCUUGAAAAUGGCUGUAUCUGCCUAUGGAGUAUUCAGGGAAACUUAGUGAAAGCUUUGCCAUUUUCAAAAUAUCCUUCAGUUCCUCUGACAGCAUUAUGUACAGACUUCUCCACUAAAAUGCUUUUGGCAGGCAGUAAGGAGGGACAUAUUAUGUGUUGGAGCAUUGCCUCAUUCUUAGGAGAUCCACAAAACAGUAAAAAUCAAAUAGAGGAGCUCUGCUGGAGGGCACACUCUACUGAAGUGGUUGACUUUCUUCAUGAAGAGGAGAAAAAUGUGGUAGUGACAGUAUCUCUUGAUGGUUCAGUCAGGCUCUGGCAUGCCAUGAACAGAUACUAUCUUGGUUACUUUGGACAACCUAGGAUGUUUGAAUUAUCAGGUAUCAGUUGGUUGAUUUUGCCUUGUGAUGUUAAUAACUUUCCUACUCUAAUUAAAGAGGAAAGCAAGCAUAUGGAAAAGAAGAAGUUUGAAUAUCCUCUCAUGCUGGAUAGGAACAAGUGGAAGUCACUGACCAGAUCACCUUCUGUUUUAAAAAAGCCUAAACAUGUGGACAUAACUCAGGACUUGAAGUUUUUCAAAGCUCUGGCUUCUCCAAAGAUCCAUAGACCUUCGGAAAGUUUUGAGUCUGGAAACAGAGAGGCUGGUGCAGUAUUUGGGUCUCUUCCUAUAUAUGAGCUUGGGAAGCCAGUUGAAGAGAGCGUGACGCAAAGUGAGUAUUCCAGACAUUUACUUCUCCUGUUUAACCUCAUGUCAUUAACUUCUUGCUCAGACUCAACUCUUUUAGCCAGCCUAAAAACUAUUGAUUCUUGUAGAAUCAAUAAAAUUAUUGUGUAG